GUUCGUGGGAGAACUUGGUGUCAGCCACGCAGCCACGAGUCCUCUGCCGGCUGUCGAGAUCCAGCUGUUAAAGACAACGACAGGUCAGAUCGACGGCUCGCCGCGUGGGAGACUGGCAUCCCAUCGAGACUCCACUGUUUUCUCUGCCGUAACGACGAGAAUAGAGAUUGUGCCGCUCGGUGUCACAAGUGACUUGACUUGUCGUCAGAACUGUCAAUUCCCACUCGAAGGAACGUGAGAACCGCUGGAACGACCGCGUUGUUGGGACAGCGACGGAGAACGUGGGCGGGAUUAAUUAAUAUCCCGCUUGCUGCGUAAAUAGUGGAAGGCCGUGCCGGCGACAGUGUAUCGAUACGAGGUUCACCUGCGACGAAGUAGAUAGCGCACAGCUGAGUUGUGUGAAGCGCGGCAAAGUUUGAGUCGCUUGAUGAAUUGCUUGUGUUUGGGUCUCUACCGGGUAAACUUCUCUCCCUCGGGAGAGACUUCAUCCCCUCAAGUUAUUUUUCGCAUAGCACUAAGACUCAGUUGAGUCUGAAAUCCACGAAAUAGACGGAAGUAGGAAGAGAGUUACUUGUAUCUGUCACGAACUGUCAAAUUGUGGAGCUCAGCCGCGUGUCUCUCGGAGCGUCUUGAUUUCUCUCUGGCAUCGAAGUUUCGCGCGCGGAACCGGCCUUACGAAACUCGCUUCGAGCACGAGGGGUUCGUCGUCUCCUAAACGAAUUUAACGAGUGAACCCGUUCAGACAAUUCGUGCCACUUUACGCGGCGAAAGAUCGACCAGUGUUCCCUUUCUCCCUCUUUCUUCCUCUCCGUCGUCUCGACGUCCGACGAAAGUUGACUGACCGACGUGACUCACUGGAUCACGAGUCAUUCUUCAGCUGCGGUGAUCGUCGCGUCGUGUGAUCGCGGGUGCAUUUCUCACAGUCUUAUCGCGUCAUCGCCGAGAAAAACACACGUCGCAUGAUAUCGCAUUAUUAAUACAUCGCCUGGGAUACAUCGAAUUACGAGGAGAAACUUGCCCUUGACUGUGAAACUCCUCCGUUGAUCGCUGUGUCGUGGUGUCAUCGAAAUUAAUCAGAGCCGGAGAAGGAAGAGAGCCGACGAGAAGAAAGUGCAGCUUCCCAGGACGUACGUUGCGAUCAUCGUACUUCCUUCGAGUCAUUCGUACUCUUCUAAUUGAACUUUAAAGAGAAGAUCUCUCACGAUGACAGAAGACAGUGAUUCUUAGAAGCUGCUACGAUCAACAUUCCUAGCAGCUGAUUCGUAUCUCAGCUCAAGCCAUACUCUCUCGAGGACUUACUUCCGAUUCCCCUGUCUCCUCGAGACAAGGUCGAGCGGUACGCGCUAGCUUUGUACUUCCGACAUCAGGAUUAAGUACCCCAAGACGGGCGCUGUUGGGAAAGGCGGUCACGUGCCACCUGUUACAAGCCGAUCCGCAGUGCGGAAGGCUCGCGGAUCGCCGUUGUUGCGGAUCAGCGUGUCGGGCGUCAGGCGGUCGCAGGAGAAUGCGGUUUCGCGUGGCGACGCGAUCCUGGCUGAUUCUGGCGAUAGGAUGUUGACGGCCCGUUCGGGGCCUCUCGGGCUCGGCGUGCCGCGAACCCUGGGCCCCGCGGAGGGAAGCGAUCACCUCUUCCUGCUACCGGAACGCGCUCUCGGCAUGGACAGCACCCACCUGCGGCAGGACCUGGCUGGCCUGGACUUUAAUCUCCACCUGAACCUACUGCACACCGCGCCCCGCGGCAACGUCUGGCUAUCUGGAGCCGCUCCUGAGGAAACUAACCAAAGGUCCAGUUCUGCACACAAUCGCCACUCUCUCACGAAGGAGCAAACGAUGCACUGGUUCGCCCAGAUUGGUGGUGACGACUCUCUCUCUUUGACAGAUGUGAAGCGCCCGCGAAGUCUCUACGACGAGGACUCUCUCGACGGCGAUCGUCCUUACGACAAUGAAGGACGGGAGUCGACGGGAAGCUCGAAGGAGUUGGACAGGGCGAAGCUCGUCCGCGAGAGGCAGAACGAGGAGCGGCAGCGGAAAUUGGAGGAGCUCAGGCAGCAGGCUCUCGCCGCGCAACGCUUCCGCGAACAGCGUGAGGAAGAGCGACGAAGGCGCAUCGAUGAACUCAGAUCGCGUGAUAACGAUAGACGAAAUCAAGUCGAGGAGAGAAAACGGCUGAUAUGCGAGGCAGAGCGAGAGAGACGAGAGGCUAUCCUCCGUAAAAAUCAGGAGAGGGAGGCACGCAUCGAGGCAAAGAAGAGGAAUGAGAGGUCGCACAUCGUUUUCGCGUUUGGCAGCUCCACGCCGCGGAUGCUGGAGCCCGCCGAUACCGGCGGCUCUACCUUCUGGGGUACCCGCAGAGCCACCUCUACCACCAAUGUCAUGAUGUUUUCUGCUGCGCAGCCUCUCACUAGGAGAUCCUCCGAGAGGGAGCUGGAUGGCAGCAAAAAACGAGCCACUUCCGCUGGUGGACUCGACCGGAAACCGGGCGAAGAUAUGAGAAUGUCCUCGUCCAUGUACGAGGUGUUCAAUUGGAAUUCUAGCCCCGAUCCCCCCUUAACUCCUGCCAAGCAUAAGAGAGCCAGCCUCUCUCUGCCCCCCACAACUGACAUCUUUGCCGUCGAUGAUAAGUCCGAUAGCGACACUAGGCGUCCCAUGAUUCAGCGGGUUGCCAGUGGUGAUGAUAGCGACGGUGGCACGCCCAGCACCCCGACCUCGGUUUACCUACGUGUGAACAGGAGACGCACCGACCUCAUGCCGACGAUACCGUCCCCGCGCGACGGCCCACCGUCGACGGCACGCAGCUCCAGCGCCAAGGCCUUCACACGUUCGCCAGGUAGGACUUACUCCAUGUCCAGGCUGGAUCAGCUGGCGCAGCCUAGGAAACGCACGACCGAGCAACAACUCGGCACGUUGGCGGAACAACAGCAAAGCCAGCCUCUGCAGAGCGCUUCUAGCAUGAGUCGCAGCAUGUCGCACUUGGCCGCGCCCGGAGGAGCCAAGAGUCUAAAACGCUCCGAUAACUCGCGUAGCAUGGGCACGCUACCGGGCGCGGCACCUAUGCCCAGACCCACCCGUGCGGAAAGACUACGCCGAAAGGCUCGCGAGUACCAGCAGAUCCAACAGCAACAAGGUAUCCGCAGCGGCGAAGUGACACCCAACAGCCCGUCCCGACCGCACAGCUCCAUGAGUCAACAGAGUGCCAGCAGCGUGGGCAGCAGUAAUGUCAAUCUGCGUACCCGUACGGCCGCGUCGCGCCGACCGCGGCCUGCUUCUAUUGCCGGUACCGGUGUCUCGGUCACAGAGAAACACAAUCUGGUGGACACGAAAUUAACGAAGGAUUCAAAGCCACCACUGCCAAAGGUCCAUAGCACUCCAAAGAAACCUUCUAUACCCAAAGUCGCGGAAGUGAGAAAGCCGACGGAGAAAUUAAUCAAGAACGCCAAGUCAUCACCGCGAAUAACUCCGAAAGCGACACCCCUGCAAAGUCCCGGAGCUGAGCACGCACCACUGAUUCGCGAAACUAAUGUGGAGAUCAUAAAGCAGGAUGAGAAUAAAGAGACGCAGAAUGUGAAAUUGGAGGAUAAAAAUGAAGAAAAGAAGGAUCAGGGUAGCGAAAAGACACAGGAAGCGAAUAUUGUCGAAUCUAUAACUAAUGAUACAAAGAUAGGGACAGAACCUGUGUCGGCAAGCAAACAAGUCAAAGACGAAACUAAUUUAAUGCAAGAGAAUCUAUCAGGUGCUAUUGCGGAAGAACCGUCGAAAAUUACUAAAAAGGAAGAAAACAAACAGGAAAAUAAACAGGAGAAGAAAUCACCAGAGAUGACUGAAAUCAAGCUUGAAGGUGAAACGGACGAGCAAGUUGACAUGUCAGCUUCAAUGAUUGCGAAAAUCAGAAUCACCACCGAAGAGGAAGCAAAAGCCGCUUUGGCUGAACGUAGAAGAUUAGCUCGAGAACAAGCGGAACGAGAAGCGGAAUUGGAGCGCCAGCGACAGGAGGAAGAAGCACGUUUAGAAGCUGAAAGAUUACGCGCGGAGGAAGAAGAGCAACGUCGUCUGGAGGAAGAAACUAUACGCUUAGCUAAUGAAGCUCGAGAAGCCGAGGAACAGCGAUUGCAAUUAGCAAUCGAAGAAGCUAAACGUCGUGAGGAAGAAGAUAGAAGAAAAAGAGAGGAGGAAGCUCGCCAGAAACAAGAAAAAGAAGAAGCAGAACGCAAAGCGAGAGAAGAAGCAGAAAAACAACGAAUCGAGAUGGCUGAGAGGCUUAAGAAGGAAGAAGAGGAGCGCAACGCCAGACGCAAACGAGUCGAGGCGAUUAUGCUUAGGACUAGAGGCAAAAAUCAAACUAAUACGUCUACCAAGGGAGAAGGCGGUGAUGGCGACAAGCUAAAAGAAGACAGCCCUACCGACGAGAAUAAACCGAUGCCGGACGGUAAAGGCGACGACGUCAUGACAGCUAGUUUAAUUUCCGAGGCGACUCAGCAAUUUAUCAGCAGCGAACAACGGGCGCAUCACACAGAAAACAGUGUAUCUGCACCUGAUAUAGUGCACAACGGCACGACACAUAGCAACGGCAUUAACGAAAAUAAAAUCGUAUUGGAUAAUAAUCAGGGUAACGUUGAAGGAGAAUUGAACGGUCAUCAUACGAAUCACGGAAAUGGUAUCAACAGUCAAUCGAUUACGCUGGACAAUGCCACUGUCAAGCAAAACAACGUGACCAACAACCUGUUAGACCUGUCGGACUUCGAUACUCUGAGUAAUAACAGUCCUGGCUACGAUACCGGGCCGAUACUCGAACUGACGCCCAAUCUAGCGAAUGAGGAUACCCUCAACUCCAAUCUGAAUCCGGCGGCGAUGCCGUUUACUCCGAUGGGGUUCGUGCCCGCUGCCACUAAUGCCAAUGUUAAUCCGUUCCAGGACAAUUUCAUCAACAAGCCACAGGAUAACAAUCAAGUACCAGAUUUACUGUCAUAAGGUGUCUCUUAAACGUUCCCGGACGAACAGAAAAAGAGCAGUUGGGCAACCGAAUUGCUCAUAGCGAGCGGUAGCAUUCGAAACGAGACGUUGUUGUUUAUGAUAAUGUAAAUAACCGCCGUCGCGCGACGUAUCAUGUGUAAAGGGGAUAUCUCGAUGAAGCGAGAUGAGGGCGCAAAGACUAUCCCCGUACCUCACAAUCAUGCCGAGCUUUGAGCGUCGUCACCGGGAAGAAGGAA